CUUUUACCUACAUUAAAAAAAUCCCCCCUCUAACUUAGGAAUAUGUCCAGUAAUGAUGAACAGAUUCCACUUCUUGUGGAUAAUAAUUUAAAUACAACUAUACGCAACGAUAGAUUGUCAAAAUGGAGUAUUAUUUCCGGUCUGGCCUUGUUUGUAUCCUUGGUUGGAUCUGUCCUUGUAAGACUCCCAUUCAAUUUGUUUACUUAUCACCCUUUGUUCAUGACACUGUUCAUCGUUCUUGUUACGGAAGGUGUUGCAUUAUUACAGCCCACUAGUACAGUAACAGAAAAGAAGGUCGGAUUGAAAUAUCAUGCAGCGAUCCAAACAAUUAGUUAUACUUCUGUUAUUACCGGCUUUUCUUUUAUAUUUUAUAACAAGAUGGUCUCUGGAAAGCCUCAUUUUGAAUCCGUCCAUGGCAAAUUGGGAUUAUUUGUUUUUAUCUAUCUCUUAAUUCAACUCGUAUUUGGUAUCACGGUUGCUUUUGUACCACGUAUCUAUGGUUCUGUCGCCAGGGCAAAGGGUUUAUGGAAACAUCAUCGUGUAUUUGGAUACGUUCUUUUGGUAUUAGUUUGGUUGACAGCCCAAUUGGGUGUUCGUGCCGACUACAUGUAUAAUAAUUUGUAUAGCCCUAAGCUCAUUUGGUUGCACUGGGUAUCAGUGUUCCUUAUUUUCGGUGGUAUCUACAGUCGGAUUCGGUUUAAUAAAUGGGGAUUUAAAUAAAUAGAAAAUAAAAUAUAAAUUUUUCAGGGCAUCCUUGAAUUACUUAA